AUGGCGGUUUUGCUGAUUAUGGUCUUGGUUGUGACCGGGAUGACGUGCAUCCUGGCACUGGUUCUUGGUCGUCUCGUUGGCGGAGGAGAGGCUCUACUGAAUCUUGCCAGAGACGGAAGUGAACGUAAGAAGAUUGCGAAGGCACUGAAGGAAUGUACCCGGGUACUCUUGGAAGUUGAAGAGAGGGAUCUUGCGGAGGAUCUGCGUUCGAUGAACAUCUACGGCCUGAAAGCCCUCAAGGCCGCCAUCUCCGCAGUCUUCGUAGAUGUGCUUGAGAGACGAUCGAACCUGGUGCCACGUGUGGCCGUCAGCUCACAGGGGAACACGCUUCACUCCAAUGCUUCGACGGUGGCGGCCGGGCUGCUCGCGGCGCCUGCGGCAGCUGUGGAUACAGCCACACCUUCGGCUGUGAAGACGGAGGAGGACGCACCCAACGGGUUGAAGGCCCAGUCAGAGGAGAUGGAAGACUCGGUUCAGUUGAUCACCGACCCUGAGCAGCCUGAGCCCAUUGUGGCAACCAACCUAUAG